AUGGCCUACCGUACUACUCUGGAUCUGCUCUAUAAAUUGCUUAGAUAUUUCCCCAAUUAUGAAUGUGACACCCGGAAAAACUUAAUGGCUGUCAUAGGCGGGCUUCAGUCCGAUACAUCCUUCCACAUGGCAGACGUUCUAGAACUCUACAAGAUUCCACAGCUCACAUAUGGCUCGUUUGCCCCCAUAGACAAGGACAACGCAAAAUCCCCUUCCUUCUUCCGCAUGGUUCCCAACGAAGCCCAUCAGAACUUAGGUCUUCUCCGGUUACUUCAGCAUUUUGGAUGGAUAUGGAUUGGGAUCUUUGCUGAGACUGAUGAUAGUGGAGAACAUUUCCUGCAAGAAAUGGUGCCAUUGCUUGCAAAAAAUGGAAUUUGUGUGGCCUUCACAGCAAUGAUUGUAAACCAAGGCUUUUGGAAUAACUUUGGGGAUGCUAUUGGUUUAUUUUCAGAUGUUAAUGCAGCUUUAUUAGGUAGCAACGUUAGUACAAUUAUCCUCUAUGGAGAAACUAGGACCGUUAUUUCACUGAACACAUUUCUACAUUUUUUAAAUCCUGAAAUACUGGAAAAUGCUUCCUUAAGAUGGGUGUGGGUUAUGACAGCCCAGGCUGAUUUUGUAUUAUCAGGCAUUCAAAAGUUAUGGGGUUUUGAAUUCUUCCAGGGUACAAUGAUCUUUGCAAUUCACUCUCAAGAGCUCCCAGCAUUCCAGAAAUUUCUUACAAACAUAAAACCUUAUCGAAUACAAGGAGAUGGAUUUCUCAGGGAUUUCUGGGAACAAGCAUUUGACUGCACACUUCCAAAUCCUAAAGAAACCUCUGUGGUUGAUGGAAGAUGUACUGGGGAGGAGAAAAUGGAGAGCCUUCCUGGGCCUGUCUUUGAGAUGCACAUGACCGGCCACAGCUACAGCAUCUAUAAUGCUGUCUAUGCCAUAGCUCAUGCUCUGCAUGACUUAUAUUUAUCUCACUCUAACCGUAGGCCAAUUUCGGGUGGUGGCAAAAGAGAUGGCCUUCAGGAACUCCAACCUUGGCAGCUCCACCCCUUUCUUCAAUACCUGUCGUUUAACAACUCAGCAGGAGAAAGAGUGUCUUUUAAUGAUGAUAAGGAAAUGGAAGGUGGGUUUGAUGUCAUGAACUUGGUGACAUUCCCCAACAAGUUCUACGGCAGAGUAAAAAUUGGAAAGGUGGACCCUGAUGCCUUGGAAGGGAAAGAACUGAUCAUUGAUGAGGGGAGAAUUCUGUGGCACAGUUGUUUUAACCAGGAGGUGCCCCUUUCAUUGUGCAAUGACUACUGCCAUCCUGGGUCUCAAAAGCAAAAAAAGGAAAAGGAGAAAUUUUGCUGUUACGAUUGUGUUCCUUGCCCAGAUGGAAAAAUUGCAAACCAGAAAGAUAUGAAGGACUGUAUCAAAUGCCCAGAAGAUCAAUAUCCAAGCAAGGGCAAAGAUCAAUGUAUUCUCAAGACAAUCACUUUUCUGUCCUAUGAAGAACCCUUAGGGAUCAGUUUAGCGUCACUUGCAGUUUCUUUGUCCCUAAUCACUGUCUUGGUGCUGGGGAUUUUUUUUGAGUGCAGAGAUACUCCUAUAGUCAAAGCCAACAACAGAAAUAUAACCUAUGCUCUACUAAUCUCUCUCUUGCUCUGCUUUGUUUCUUCUUUGCUGUUCCUCGGACAACCUACCAAGGUCACCUGUUACCUCCGACAGACUGCUUUUGGCAUCAUUUUCUCAGUGGCUGUUUCUUGUGUUUUGGCCAAAACUAUCACUGUGGUAGUAGCUUUCAUGGCCACCAAACCAGGGUCCAGCAUGAGGAAAUGGAUAGGGAAAAGACUGACCUACUCUAUUAUUUUUCUUUGCUUCCUUGUCCAAGCAACCAUUUGUAUGUUGUGGCUAGGAACAUCUCCUCCCUUCCCAGAUGUAGACAUGCAGUCAAUGACUACAGGGAUAGUAGCAGGGUGUAACGAAGGCUCUGCCAUCAUGUUUUAUAUUGUCCUGGGCUACUUGGGACUUCUCUCCCUCAUCAGCUUGACUGUGGCUUUCCUAGCCAGGAAGUUGCCAGACACGUUCAAUGAAGCCAAGUUCAUCACCUUCAGCAUGUUGAUCUUUUGCAGUGUUUGGGUGUCUUUUGUUCCAACCUACCUAAGCACCAGGGGGAAAUACAUGGUAGCCGUGGAGAUCUUCUCCAUCUUGGUCUCCAGUGCUGGCUUACUGGGCUGUAUCUUUUCACCCAAGUGCUACAUUAUUCUUCUGAGGCCCGAGCUGAACAAAAAGGAACAAUUAAUAUGUAGAAAGAAUUAA